AUGUCGUCAACAAAUGAUACGUACGGGAUCGAUGACAUCGAGGCUCUCAAACAUAGAAAUUUACCUGAUAACAAAUCAAUAGGGAAUGCUACUGAGUUGUAUCUCGAUACAAGCUCAAAAGAAUCUCAAGAGUUAAUUGAAACAAAAUUAAAUUUCUUAAAUAAAUUCGCCGCUAGAUUUAAUACAGAAACUAAAGGUGUGGAGCCUGUCGCUGACGAAGAAAGAAAUGAAAAUGAUGGUAUCUUAAAUGCUGCUUCGAUGUGGUUCUCUGCUAACAUGGUUCUUUCAGCUUACGCCAUGGGUGGUUUAGGUCCGAUGGUUUACGGUUUGAAUUUCGGUACAUCUUGUCUCGUCAUUCUUUUCUUUAGUAUCCUAGGUUUAUUACCUGUGGCAUAUUUCUCUCUAUUUGGUGUACAAUUCGGUUUGAGACAGAUGGUUCUUUCCAGAUUCUUAAUCGGUAAUGUAACCGCUAGAAUCUUCGCUCUAAUCAAUGUCGUUGCGUGUGUCGGUUGGGGUGUAUUAAAUACUGUCACUUCAUCACAAUUAUUAAACAUGGUCAAUAAUGAAGGCGAUAAUCUGCCACUUUGGGGUGGUUGUCUGAUUAUUAUUGGUGCCACCGUCAUUGUCACUUUCUUUGGUUAUAGUGUCAUUCAUACUUACGAAAAAUAUUCGUGGAUUCCUAAUUUUGCCGUGUUCUUAGUUAUCAUUGCAAGAUUACACACAUCUGGUAAAUUUACAGCUGGUGAAUGGACCACUGGUCAAACAACUGCCGGUGACGUCUUAUCCUUCGGUUCUUGUAUCUUUGGUUUCGCUGCUGGUUGGACAACUUAUGCCUCAGAUUACACUGUCUAUAUGCCAAAGAACACAAAUAAAUAUAAGAUUUUCUUCUCAUUAGUCGGUGGUCUCUCAUUCCCAUUAUUCUUCUGUAUGAUGAUCGGUGCUGCUGUCGGGAGAGCCGGUGUCAACGAUGCUGCAUGGAGUGAUGCUUAUAAUUCUAACGGUAUGGGUGGUCUAACCUAUCAAGUCCUAGUUCCAAAUUCUCUUCAUGGAUUCGGUCAAUUCUGUUGUGUUCUAUUAGCAAUGUCCAUUGUGGCUAACAACGUCCCAAACAUGUACACCAUUGCCUUAUCAGUCCAAGCUAUGUGGGAACCAUUAGCUAAUAUUCCUAGAGUCUUCUGGACGCUUGCUGGUAACGCAGCCGCUUUAGCUAUUGCCAUUCCUUGUGUCUAUUAUUUCAAUACUUUCAUGAAUUACUUCAUGGAUUCCAUCGGUUACUACUUAGCUAUCUACAUUUCCAUGUCACUAGCUGAACACUUAAUUUUCAGGAAAAAUGACUUUAGAAACUAUAACGUCGAAGAUUGGAACAAUUGGGACAAAUUACCAAUUGGUAUUGCUGGUACUGCAGGUCUAAUAGUCGGUGCAUUCGGUGUUGCUCUUGGCAUGGACCAAACAUACUGGGUAGGUGAAAUUUCACGUCUCAUCGGUGACUACGGUGGUGAUAUUGGUUUUGAAUUAGGUGCAGGUUGGGCAUUCAUAAUAUAUGUUGCUAUAAGGCCGUUAGAACUUAAAUACUUUGGUCGUUAA